CCCUCUCACUCAAACUCUCAAUUCUAACCAAAUCAUUUGACUAUCAAACACUUUGUCUCAUUCUUUCCACAUACAGCCAAUGGGUUCAAGUGGGAUUCGAGUUGGUCUAGUCCUGGUCCUUGUGGGCAUGCUAUAUGGAGGAGCCAUGGGUCAAUCAGCAUGCAACAGUGCUCUAACUAGCUUGGCCUCAUGCCUGAACUAUGUAACAGGAAAUUCAUCAACUCCGUCAUCGACAUGUUGCUCCAACUUGGCCAAUAUUGUACAAUCAUCACCGCAAUGCCUUUGCACUCUGCUCAAUAACUCUGGACCUUCUCUUGGAAUCACCAUCAACCAAACUCUGGCUCUGUCUCUCCCUGGUGCUUGUAAAGUGCAGACUCCAUCAAUUAGCCAGUGUAAAGCAGCUGCCACUGCACCCACAACUUCAGCAGCUCCACCAACAGCUUCAGUAACUCCACCAGCAAGUUCUCCAGCAGGUUCAUCCGACGAAACACCUGAGCCUGCAAUUACUCCAGCAGCAUCAAACACUCCUUCGUCCUCAGGAACUGGUACCGGGUCCAAAACAGUUCCGACAUCAACUGAUGGAACAUCUGAUGCAAGCAUCAUCAAAGCUCCCCUAAAUUUUAUGCCCUUGGCGUUCUUCGUUUUGUGGUCUGGUUCAACUAUCAUCAACUUCUGAAUCUGAAGCUUGCACUUGCAGAAAAAUUUGUGGCGUGUUUCAGUUUUGAUUAUGAUUCUUUUAUACGAUUUUGUACUAGUGUGUCAAAGUUGAUUCUGGCUUCUACUGCCAGGAGUGUGAUUGUAUUAUUUGUUCAGUUUGCUUAAUGAUUGUAUUGUUUGAGUGAUUAAACGAAUAAAUUUUCAAUCUUACGCUUC